UGAUAUCUGUUCACGCGUACGCAUCGCAUCGUGGAAUUCAGUUCAUUAUAAUAAUACAGUGUGAAACUGCCGCGAUACGUGCAUUACGUGAAGUAGCCAUACAUUGUAGGGCCAGCUGUUGUAUUUCGGAAAGGCAUAAAAAUGGUUGCACACGGUGUAUGUCAGUAUAUUGCAUCUAUGGCUUGCAGGCCGAGUACACCUGUGGUGGCAGAUAUGUCCAAAAUUAGUCAACUUACGUCCCUCAUUACUGAAAACUUUUCAGCAACGCUUGUCCGAAAUGAACGUGUGGAAGCCCAUCACCAAUUUGCACACAAAUGUGCAGAUUUGCUUAAAAAGGAAAUGCAGCAAAAUCAUUGCAAUGGGACAAUCCGAUCAGGUGAAUGUUUUGGAGAAGCAACUGUCAAUGAAUACACAUUCAAAUUUAAAGUGCUUAAUAAUUACGAUGUGAAAACAAAGAUGAAAGUUAUAUUCGAAGAAUCUAAUCUAGCUGAAGAAUCAAGUGAACAACGUAUUGUUGACAUUUUAACCAGUUUAUCAGAACGAGAAUUUCAUACUGAAGCCUUGGAAUCUACCGAAAACAAUUCAUUGCUCGGAAACGGGUCAAUAUCAAUGUAUUACCCCCACGGCACUGGAACCACACUGGAAUAA